AUGAAAAUAAUUUAGUUAUUGGGAUUAGUGUCAUAUGUAUUAGGUUUAACCUACUCAAGUGCAAGUUUAAGUGAUAAAUUACAUGAAAAUGGAUCAGUUUAUGGAUGGAGAGAAGAAGAAUAAAAAUAAUUUAAGAAUUGGGUCUAGGAAAAUCAAAAAGAAUAUAACAAUGAAUUCGAAAUGAUUUAUAGAAUGGAAGUAUUUGUGAAGAACUAUAGAGCUAUGAAAGUAUAUAAAUGGUUAAACAUACUUUUAGCAUCAUAAUGAACAAUUACCAAAAGAUGUAUGGGGAUUAAAUGUCUUUUCUGAUGAGACAUCUGAAGAGUUAAUGGAUAAACUAUUUAUGAAGAAAGACUUUGAAGAACAUUAUGAGACAUUCAAUGAAGAUGAUAUCAAUGCAAUUAAAAGAGAUACAUUAUCACAUAAUUCGUUUUUAUAAGCUGAUAAAACUGUUGUUGUAGUUAAAAAGGUAGUCAAAAAAGCAUCUGCACCUGCUAAAGCUACUCCAAAGAAUCCACCAAGUUUAGAUUGGUUAAAAUAAGUAAUUACUAAUAUAUUAAUACUUAGGUUACAGAAGUUUAAUAAUAAGGAAGAUGUGGUAGUUGUUGGGCAUUUGCAGUCUAAGAUGUUGUAAUCAGUAGAUUAGCUAUUGCUAAUAAAAAUAAGCUUGAUUAAUUAUCAAAGACUCAUUUAAUUGAUUGUGCUGAUGGAAAUACUGCAGGAUGUGAUGGAGGAUCUGUUAGUGAUGCAUUUGAUUUUAUCAAUCAAUAUGGAACUGUUUAUGAAAAAGAUUAUAGAGAAUAUGAUUAGAAAGAAGAUGAAUGUUCAAAACCAAAAGGAUCGAUUGGAUAUAAGCAAUUCAAAUCUGUUUAAGGAUUAACCAAAUUCACUAAUAAUGAUAUUGAAACUGCUAUGUAAACAGGUCCAGUUACAGCUCUCAUGUAUGCAGAUGAAUCCUGGCUCAGAUAUACAUCUGGUAUUAUUAAUACAUGUGGAUAUCCAAAAGUUUCUAAUUACUAACAUGUUGUUUCAUUUAUAGCAUAUGAUACUUAAACUUGGUUUGCAAAAAAUUCUUGGGGAGCAAAAUGGGGAAUGAAUGGUUACUUUUAAGUAUAAAAGAAUGGAGAUGCUAAUUGUAUUGAUAAAAUAAAAAAGAUUACAUAUCCAGUUAUAUGA